AUGGGAUUUUUGAGUGGUGUGCUUGAGGGGGUGAAAGAUGAUGAUGCGGUUAGAACGUACGAUAAUAUGAUGACUGAAAAGCUUAAAGAUGUAAUUAAGACUCUUAAUGAAAAUAUUGGCUCCGGGCGUGAUGGGCUUGCGGCGUCUGUCGGCGCGGUGAAGGAGUGGUUGGAGGGGUAUGAAUUAGAAUACAGCAAAAAAGCAAGCAACGUCACAGAGUUUUUAGGUGAGUUGAAAACCAAAAUUGCAGGUACAUACACUCAUGGUGUUGCAGGUUCUGCGGGUGAGAAGCUGGAGACCCAGUUGUCCAAGUGGAAGACCACAGUAGGGGACAUUGUUACAAACUUUAAUAUCAUAGAAAACAAUUACGUUGCUAAUUUAGAUAAAUUAGUUAAAAGUAAUGUGACGCGUGAAUUAUACUUAGUAAAAGCAGUUGCUGAGCAUUUGCAUAAUGUUAGCCUGGACAGCUCGCUACGUGAUCAGGCGAGGCACGUUGACGUGACCUUGGAGAGACAGAAAGCAUAUAUGGCAGGUAUUAUAAUCGACGAGAGUAAGAAAGUGAAACAAACAGCGGCAAACGAGCUUAAGGACGUUGGUAAGAAAUUAGGCGAAUAUAAGGAUAGAAAAAGAGACCAGCUUGCGAUAAUUAAUAAAGCUUUGCAGGCGUCAAAGAAGGAUAUAGGCGACCGUUUCAAUAAUUUUGACAAAUCAUACAGGGAGAAUAUUAUGAACAUAUUUAGACAAAUCAAAGCGGCCUUGAUCAAUGUGGAUAAAAAUGACGGUGGUUUUGCGGUGGACGGUAUGUCCAAGCUCAAACAAGAUGUUAUACAUAUUAAUCGACAGUUGACGGCGCUGAAUGAUAGAGUGAAAGAAGAUCUGUUAUCCUUGAAAAGCGGUAUAAAGAAUAGUUUGCAGCAGAGCGUACAACAGGCUCAGGAGGCGUUUACAAGUUUGAAAGCAAAGGUUGGCAAGCACGGAACGAAAGCGCCGAAAGGGGAAGAUCUGAAUACGAAAUGGAUGGAACUUAAAGAUAAAAUUAAGAAUCUGCUUAAAGACUUCCAUGAUGAAGGUGGAACAGGAGGAGCCAAUUAUCUAGGCAAAAUCGUAGCGGGUGUGCUAGAAUAUGCAAAGGGUUUUAGUGAAAGGGCUGAAGAUGCGACGUAUUUCGAAAAAACAGUGGAGGAGUGGAUUGUGGAGAUAUUGAAUGACAAUGACUUCGUUAAUGAGAAGGUUAAGGAGUACAUUUCUGGCAAUUCAAAGCUGCAACAGAAAUACAAAGAAGGUACUGAAUUUAGCAAGACGGCUAAUGUGAUAGUCUCACAACAAAUUAUAUCGCAAUUCAAAACCGGUGUGUUUGACGAUGCCGCUCGAGAUGUCAGACUAGGUAUAGAAGCCGCUGCCACCAAACCAGACACCACAGACAAGAUUGAAGAAUAUUUGAAAGCUGUUCAGACUGGUUGUACGCAAUGUGCUGACGGAAUAGAUAUGAAACUUGAUCAGCAGAAGAGAGGUGAGGUUAGCUUUGAUACCAUAGCCGUUGCGAUUGAGGUCCAGCUAGAGGUAUCACCUCCCUCCUCCACCAUUCCAAAAGUUUAUCUAACCGAAACCAUUAAACGGAUACUUAUAAUUCUUUCAACCACUGCUAGACAAGUUGCCAACGAACUGCAGCGGUUCUUGGAUAAGUCCGCCAUUGGCACUAAUAUGCUCGGUGCCAUGACAACUGUUAAGACUCUACACAGUCAAUUAGACAUCGGUGAUCCUAGACAGUUUGGCGGCAUGAUCAACAAAGCACUGGAAAUUGUAGACAAUGAUAUCAAUUCGAUUGAGAGCUGCUUCACGAAGGACAAUUACGACCUUAAUGUCGAUGGUGUACUCAACACGAACAUUGGAGAAAAUGCUGAGCAAAUAGAUCUUGAAAGCAAAAUGCAAACAUUUAAAGAAGCACAAACCAAACUAUCUAACGUCAUCGACGGAGCGUUGGAGAUUGUUACUACGGUCGAAGGAGUCCCGGGUUUUGUUGAUGAGAAGCGUGAAAAUGCAGACGUGGUCAUGACCAAAUUCAACGAUCAAUUUAUGAGGUUACUGGAAAGAAUGAAUGAAUUUGAAACCACGAUGAAUGAAGCUGAUAAAGCUUUGAAUAAAUCAAUAAAUAUCCUCGAUACUUCACUCAAUCACGCAAAUCGUGUGAUCCAAGAAUCCGUCGACAAGCUGAAGGAAGAUCUACUCCAAGCCACCAACAACGCUUUUGACGAAGUCGAUAAACAGAUUAAAUCGUUAAUUGCCAAUACACAUCGAGCUAAUCUGAUGUCAUUGCGUGCACUAUUGGAAGGACAACUGCGCAAAAUUGCUAAUCUGCUGGACGAGGAUGAAUCAACGGGAAUAAAAGGUCUUCUAAAAUCAAUGAAAGGUGCACCAUUUGCUCUCGGUAAAUAUGGCCUACCCAAGUUUAAUGAGUCUCUGAGAACAAAUUUGCUAGAACCGUUGAAGAGUAAAUUCACCCCUAAAGACUUUAGCAGCGUAUCUGAAAAACUUAAAUCCUAUGCAGACAACAUCUUAAACUACAUACAAUAUCACGUGAAAAAUCCCCCGCAGCCUAGGAGCCAACCUCCGUCUAAAGUCGAACAGACUGAGGAAUCCAAAAAAGUGGACGACAUUAAAAGCGCGGUGGACGAUUUGCUCAUUCAUCUAAAAACAGAAGUUAAGGCACCUAGAACAUAUAUAUUUGAUGAUACCUACACCAAAAAGCAUAAUCUACUCUCCUCCUCCCUCCACCUCCUAUCCCCCUCCGCCUUCUCUAACCCCCGGCACCCGGAGCUGCUCGAUGCGGUCAGAGCGGGGCUGAAGGGGUUUGUCGAGCAGAUGGGGAGGGUGUAUGUGAACGGGUAUGAUGGAGGGGAGGGGAUUGAUAAAUUGAGUAAAUUGGUUAUUACUAAGACUAUUUCCGAUGGAAAAUCUGGUACAAAAGUUGAGUUGACAGAUGACGGCAGAAAUUUAUCUAAGGUAUUUUUUAGCAUUAUCCGCAUCUUAGGCCACACUUUGAAGGACCUACAGCAUGAAUGUGCGACAUCAUGGAAGGAUAUAGCCAUAAAUACAUGUGGAAACAAUUCUCUUGGACAGUUUUUCCAAAAGCAAGGCUACGAAGUAAAUUCAGAGGACGGCAAGCAGACCGGUGAGUUGCUGGAUGACAAAGCAAAAAUGAAGGGUGACCACAUAAAUAAGAACUUAAUUAGCAAAAAUCUUGGCAUAAAAAGUGGCGUAAUUGUGGAUUGGAAGAAAGAAAAGGAUGCGAAAAAUAAGGUGAAAACUAAACCCAAUGGCAGUGAUAUAACCCUCCUUCAUAUACUUGAAUUCCUUUUCGGACAUCUCGAGAGAUAUUACCACGUACGUCACCUGGAACAUAUUCCGUCUGCCAAAGCACCGCGUAAUAUCUAUCAAAUGCUGCAAUGGCUCAACGGGCUGCGCUAUAAUCCCAUUCUUACACCAGUUUACCUCUGCAUCAAGGACCUAUUUCCUAGAAGUAAGGAAAACGAAGGGAAAGAUAUUAAGGCCAUUCCAUCCAGCGAAGUUAAACUCUCAGCAACCAAAGAUAUCACAUAUGUGUACCUGGCGGGCAAAGCGCUGAUACAUGCUUCCAUAUUUUGCCAUGACGUGUUGUCGCCAUUCAAGGACACGGUCACGCAGGUGGCCGCUACGCUUGCGACUUCAGCACCAACGAAGAAAAGUUGUUGUACCCUAACAGUGGUAUUCCGGUUCCUAUAUAGUCAGUGCGAGAACGGUACCGAUAGCAGCGGAUGGGCCGAUUGCUGGUAUGGCCGUGGAGUCGGUGGAUCCGGAUGGAAUUGUAACACCAAGCAGUGUCCUAACCAAAACUGUCCCCAACUGGCUGACCAAAACGCUGGCCAAAGAGGCAACCAAAGUGCUGACCAAACGUGUGAUUCGCACCCUAAGUGCGGUUUGAAGUCUCCUUUGCAAUCGUUCCUUGAAGAUGGUUUACAAGGUUUCUUGCCGCACUCUUUUACUAAACCUGGGUGUAAAUUGGAGUGUACUGUGUCCAAUCACCGCGGCCUGCCAUGCAAGACACCAAUGGGCUUUUCUGAUAUCAGUCAACUGGCAUCGCAUACGAAGAAAGGUAACCAUCUCAUACAAGUGUUAAAAGAUUUCUGUGGUGAAAAAUCUCACCUCCGCUCACUGUGCGCUGGUUUCAUGUGUCUUUUGCAGAAACCUCCGCAGACGCUAGGUGACAUGUUUGCUUUCUAUUAUAAUUAUAUAUACGGCUGGAACACGCAACGUAGCGACCAUAGACAGGGCGCAUUUGACAAGGCCGUCAGCGCAGCGCACUUCGAGAACAAAUAUGAUGAGCUCAUAGUGCAUAACUUAUAUUCCCCUAGUCACUCCGCAGUGUGGCAGGGGCAUUCGGGCGGUAGCCUCGGCAGUCUCGUAUGCACUUCAAUAGAAUCAGUCGUAUGUGGGCCAUAUCUGUAUCCCAUCAAUAGCGGUAUCAGAGAUAUAUAUGCAGCUAAAUAUGCCGAUAAAUACCUAUCAUGGAUUGUCUAUCAGACAGCAACUUUUUACGAUUUACUCAAAAAAUUAUAUGACGAGUGCAACUCUAACUGCGGUCCAAAGGGAUCCAACUGCUUAACCACAUGCUGUGUUGAGGAAUGUCCAAGGCUUAUAAAACCGCCAACCCCAAAGGAACAUCAUACCGAUUGUAAAUCUAUAGUCCAAUGCAAAAAGACAUUGCCGACUUUGUCAAAAUACGGGUUCGUGUUUUUGCAGCAAGCCAAGUUAAACGGGAAUGAAGGACUGACAAAAAAACGCACGUGCCAAAAUUUCUGUGCGGCAUUCAAAGACGUAUUUAAUAAGGAGUCUAUACUUGUCGAACUUAUUAGAAAAAUUGAUGAAUUCAUAUUUGCCAUCAGACAGCCGUUUAUAUGGCUCAACGUGGCACUCUGGUCGCUGUCCAUCUUCUACCUCAUUUGCGUAAUGGUUGGCAGACUGGAUGUGCUCCACAUACGCUCACACCUGAGAUCACCAUCAUCGCACAGGAUAACGGCGCAGUCAUUGUUGGCUGCAGCGCAAGUCGGAAGGCUUGCCAAGAUAUCGUAUCUACAACCGUGA